CAGCCCGCUUUAGGAUCACAUUUUAAACUCAAGCUCAUGAUUUUUAUGAAACCCAAUUUUUUUUUUUGGGGAGGGGGUGAUUUAGGAUGGGGGUUAAAAGGGUUAGCAUACAAAAUGACAUAUAUACUCCAUAUAACCCUAUUCAACACAAUCCAGAUCUCUAUGGUGGGAACUAACCUAGAUGAUCAACACAAUCUUCCGGGAUAUCCACCGAGCAACAAAAUCUUUGGGAAUCUGUGUGAAACACCGAAUGGGGAGUGGGAGGACGCUUCUCCUCUUCGCUGGAAACGAUUGAAGAAAUCAAUGGGGAAGCUUGAUUGCAGAGAGAUUCAAGCAAGAUUGUCCUCUUCUCUGCCAUCGAUAGAAGAAAAGCAAUGGCGAGGGAUGAAGUUGCAGAGAUAUCCUUCGCCCUAUCAAGUCAAUCAUUGUUCGGAGAUGCUUCGAUUGCCCUAUAUAAACCCCUCCUGUUGUUCGAUCGAAACACAUCUAAGCCGAGUUUCGCAUUUACAUUAAGCAUCUGUGAGGGCUGGGUUGGGGGUGGUUGUCUGUAUUGAGCAGUGCAUCACAGAUUUGGAGCUACAAAGAGACGUUUUGGAGUUAUAUAUGCGUCAUCACAUCGAAUUGGGUGAUAUCAUUAUGUGGUAACACGAUAUGACUUUAAAACUCUUUUCAUGUUUAAUUUUUAUAUCUAUUAUUUUGCACAUAUAGCCCAAUAUGUUACUUCUUAUUUUGUGUCAGCGCCAUCCAAAAUCAAUGACCAAUUCUGUAAUAUUCAACGAUGUUGAUCGUAUACUCCCAUAUGCGUCUACCAAAUGAUCAUAACAUUGUGUUGAAUUGACUUCCUUGAUGAACUGAACUGGUUGUAGGAAUGGUCCCAUGGUCCUUCAUGCAUUGUGAUUUGGCAAAAAACAUAGUAUUUUAUUGAAUCCCAUGUCAAUUAUUGACCGGAUAAACUCCACAAACUCUUAGCUUUAAUUAGGUGAGAUACCAAUAUCUGCUUUUAAAUUGACAACUUCAAUAUCGAUUGAUUAAAAUUUUCAUAUGUACUAGGUUGUUUAACCCUUUUUUGUCCCAACACGUUAAGUUAAGAAUUGGCUUGUAAUUGUGAAGGUACAAGUACACUUGAAAUUUUUUCAGAUGCAUGGGUUUUAUUUUUAUUACUAGAUUGAUAUUUGUAGUAGGAGUUUCAUGGACAUGAUGGUCAUUUGAACACACAGACAUACAUAGAGAAACUAUGUAGUUAAUGUCUUUGGAAAAUUAUUUUGUAAUUAUUAAUAUUUAAAUGUUGGAGGUUUUUGUGGUAUUCUUUCAGUGAAUAUGACCCGUAAACAUGACAAUGUAGCAGUUGUGGUUGUUUGUCUUAA